AUGGAAAUCGCAUGUACCGAUGAAGUUAAAGUUUAUAAAGAUGAGGGAGAAGAGGAUGAGCAGAAGAAGUCUUCAGAAAACUUGACUGAAGACAAAGUUGGACUGGUAAUUGAAGGUGAAGGCCAGUGUGCACAAAAGGGAGCAUUUAAUUUUGGAUUUCUAUCUCUAAAUGAUUACUAUCAUUCGUUCUUUCCUCUACCCUUUGUCACUGGUUCUCCGUCGUCGUCGUUCCCUGUUGCCGCUUCUCCAUAUGCUGCAGCGGCAGCAGCCAUGGCUGCAGCUGCCGCGGCCGCAGCUGCUGUUCAUCAUCAACAAGGUCAAGAGACUUCACAUUCAUCAUCUUGCUGUCUACCAUUACCUCCAACAUCAUCUUCUUCAGUGACGGCAGCUGGUCGACUAGAUAACAACUUCGCCUUCCAACUAUCUACGACAACCACCAACAACAACAACACUACAACAGGAGCAAAGAAUACAUGUUCAACACAACAGUCAACUGGUGGUGUUGGUGGUGGGGGUAAUCAUCAUGAAGGCGUAGUAGUACCACAACCACCACCGUUAGGUUUAAGCACAGAUACUACUGGUGUCCUACGAUGUCCUGAACUGUCAACAAAUCGGUCCUUUACUGAUAAUCAUCAAGCCAAUUGUGUUUCACCGAUAUUGUCUCCAUUCAGUGCACUUACACCAUCCUUGAGUGCUUUUAUGGCUGGACCAUUCUAUGGUGCUGCUCUACAAGCUGCCGCUGUGGCUGCUGCAGUCGUGUCAUCUGGUUCAUCUAGUCCUAAAUUACAAUCCCCUCCUCAAUGGCCAGUGCCGCCGCCGCCACCACCGUCACAACAACAACAACCAAGUAUCCCAUUAUCACUAUCACCUGUGCCUUUCAGAAUUCCUACACCGAAAUCUUCUUUAUGCUCUUCUUCUACUUCUACUUCUUGUUCGUCUUCUGCACUCUCCAAUUUUACUACAGUUUAUGAUAAUUUAACUUCACAUGGAAAGUCAUCUUCGUCGUCGUCAUCGUCGCCUUCAGUGAUAGCUGUAGCUGCCGCGGCUGCAGCAGCUGCUGCCGCUUUUACUCAUCAUCAUCAGUCGUCAGCGUCAGCCUCACCAUUGACAACAUCACUGCCAUCAUCGUCAUCAUCAGCAUCGUCUACAUCAGCUGUUGCAGCCGCCGCCUUUCACUCAGAAUUGAUUAAAGCAGCAAAUUUAUACAAAAGUGGGAAUUCAAGUCAACGAUAUUAUCCAAGCCAGAGUAGUACAUGUCAUUCCCUUAUUGGCGAUAAUCUAUCUCAAUCUCAAGUACAACGACCGUUGAAUACUUCUGAUCUUAUUCAUCACAUGCACAACUCUUCUAUAACUAAUACUAAUACUACUAAUAAUACUCUAAACAGUAGUAGUAUGAUGCAUCCAUCGUCAUCAACAGGGUUACCGUCGUGUAUUUCUACUACUUCUGCGCCAUCGCCUUCACUUAUCCCGUCUUUAAAUCAUUUUAACAUAUCAACUGCUGAUUCAUAUCAACAAAUGAAUUAUAAAAUUGAUGCUUCGAUGAAUAAACACUUUUUAGAACUGCCUAACAUUGAAACGGAUAAAUCAUUGCCUAAUCCUCUAUCAACAACUAUCCCAUUGAAUUCUUUCAGCGACAUUGGUCUACCGUAUGGUGGUACUGGUAAUAAUGGUGCUGGUUGUCAAAGUCGAUUAGGUUUUCCAACACCAACAUCAUGGAUGAUGGAGACCUCGGUGAAGUCAAGUCCUGACAAUGGAAGUCAACAGAAUUCUAGUUUAUUUUCCGACUGUUCUCAACGUGCUGCGGCGGCUGCCGCUGCCGCCGCGGCAGCUCAUGUCCACUUCUUGUCAAGUUUGGCUGUUGCUGCAGCCGCACAUUCCUCGGCUGCUGUAUCUCCUCGGUCGUCUUCUUUGCCGAAUAGUCUAUCGCCGAUACUAUCUCUGAAUGGAUCUGUUGAAUCAAAUAAUCUACAGCAUUCCAUUUCUUCUCAUUUGGAUAUACAAACACCAUCAGUGCCAACUAGUAGUAGUAAUACUAUUACUUUUAUCCAAGAACCAUUCACCUUCUCUGCUCCACAUUCAAAACUUCUGUUGCCGCAUACAACAAAUCUACUUGAUGAAGAUGAUAUUGGAAUCUCUAUGCAUUAUAAUAAACCGUUUAAACCUAUUGGUGGUUUAUCUAGUAGUGAUAUAUGUUCACCGCAUACUCUAUCCCGAAAAUCUAUCGACCAUCCAGUAAUCAAAAAGCAUGCUAGUUCCCCAAUCACAUCGAAUAUCAUCGCUUCCCCACCGCCUCAGCCUCUACCAUCUUCAAUACUCCUGCCACCACCAUCGUCAACUGAUUAUUGUCCUAUGAUGAUCAAUUCAAGAUUUAAUUAUAACUUUCAAAGAAUUUCACCAGAAUUAGGUACAGAGGGCAAUUGUAGUAGUAGAAUGAAUCUGUUGAUGAUGAACAGACAGCAUAACCAACAACAACAACAACAACAAGGUUAUUCAACGUCAACUCCAGCCUCUACUCCACGUGGAAGAGGUGGUAGCAGUAGUAAUCAAGCCAAUGUAAUAAUGAAUACAACCAAUAAGACUUCGUCUUCUUCUUCGAAUGCCCCUCUCAAGAGUGAUCCUACUCAUCCUCAUAACCAACACCACCACCAUCAGCAUCAUCAUCGAUCGAAUUCUAGUUCCACAAUAACGACAGCAGCGUCUACCACCACUGUUACGACUACUGCUACUAUUAGCCCUAUGAAUACUUCUAUUAAAACGACUGGUAAUAAUAAUAAUAGUAAUGGGAAUAAUAAUAAUAACUCAACAACCACAACUACGAAACGUGUUCAUAUUAAAAAACCAUUAAAUGCAUUUAUGCUAUUUAUGAAAGAUAUGCGCUCAAAAGUACAAGAGGAAUGUACGCUGAAAGAAUCUGCUGCAAUUAAUCAAAUUCUAGGUAAAAAAUGGCAUGAGUUAUCACGUGAAAAACAAGCAAAAUAUUAUGAAAUGGCUAGAAAAGAAAAAGAAAUUCAUCAUCAGUUAUUCCCAGGUUGGUCAGCAAGAGAUAAUUAUGCAAUACAUUCAAGACGUAAAAAGAAACGCAAGUUGGCGGCGGCUGCGGCCGCAGCAGCCGCGGUAGCAGUUUUAGGACAAUCCAAAUCUCAUUCAUCAAACAGUGGUAAAAUAUUUAAUAAAUCAGGAUUUCAUUUAUCCUCGGAAUCUGGUGGUGAUUUUGGCAAUUCUGAUUCGACGGAUGAACGUGGCGGUUGUGGUGGCAGUAGUAGCCGACUAUCCCUGUUAACUGGUGCUGGUGGUGGUGGUGGUACCGCGAAUUCCACAGAUGUAAGCAGUGCUAAAAAAUGUCGUGCACGUUUUGGCUUAGAACAUCAAAAUCGUUGGUGUAAACCUUGCAGACGAAAGAAGAAGUGUAUUCGUUUCUUGACAGAUGCAGAAUAUGAAGAAGACAAUAAUAUACUGCCUAUCUCUCCUAUAUCCUCAUCAUCACCAAAUACUGCCGCCAACUCGUCGAAGACUACACCGACUGUAGCAAUAACGGCAGCUGCGACUGGAGCAGUUAACUCAACUGUAACAACACAGACAAAUUUACCGCAUUAUUGUCCUAUAAAUCAAUUCCCAACAUCAUUACCAUCAACAUCAUCUAAUGGUGAGGUGGUAAGCUGCUUGAAUAUGCUAAGUAGUGGUGAUCCGGUAGUAGUCUAUGGACAAAUUAUCCGCCUAAUAUACUGCAUCACCCUCUCUCAUUAA